ACGAAAUCCGCCCGCCAUUCGUCAUUCAACAACCUCGCAUAUAACCACCGCCCAUAUCGAAUUCCAUCUCCGCCUCCACAGUUUGCUUCAUCAAGACUCGACGAACACACACCAUGCUGUCCUUACGUACGGCGUCGCACGCUCUCAAUCGCGGGGGUCUGGUCCCAGCAGCUGCCGGCAUACGCCUCGCCGCGCUCUCCCAGAGUCUAGCUGCCCCACCACCACCACAGGUCCUGCAGCGGAGAAAUGCCUCCAGAUACGAUCCCGGGAAUGGUUCCAUGUUUGCGCCCGGCGGAAGCGGAGGCCCACAGACAUACUUCAGAAGAGAACGGCUACCUGCGAACACCAUCAUCCGUUUCGUCCCGCAGCAGCAGGCAUGGCUCGUCGAGCGAAUGGGAAAAUUUCACCGAAUCCUCGAGCCCGGUCUCGCGAUCCUCGUUCCCAUCAUUGACAAGGUCCAGUACGUCAAGUCGUUGAAGGAAGUCGCCAUCGAAAUUCCAUCGCAGAGCGCCAUCACCGCCGACAACGUUACCUUGGACCUUGAUGGUAUUCUCUACAUCCGGAUCUUCGAUGCCUACAAGGCCUCCUACGGUGUCGAGGACGCCGAGUACGCAAUCUCUCAGUUGGCCCAGACCACCAUGCGCUCCGAAAUUGGUCAGCUCACACUGGACCACGUGUUGAAGGAGCGCGCGGCGUUGAACGUCAACAUCACCAAGGCCAUCAAUGAGGCGGCUGAGGAUUGGGGUGUCAAGUGUCUCCGUUAUGAGAUCCGGGAUAUCCACGCACCUGAGCCAGUUCUGCAGGCCAUGCAUCGUCAAGUCUCGGCCGAGCGUUCCAAGCGUGCCGAGAUCCUCGACUCCGAAGGUCACCGCCAGAGCGCCAUCAACAUCGCCGAGGGAAAGAAGACGUCGGUGAUCCUUGCCUCCGAGGCCAGCAAGACGGAGCAGAUCAACGCGGCAUUGGGAGAGGCCGAGGCUAUCCGCCUCAAGGCUGAAGCUACGGCCAAGGGUAUCGACGCGGUUGCUAAGACUCUGCGUGCGAAUGGAGCAGCUGGACAGGGCGCCGUGUCGCUGACCGUGGCGGAGAAGUACGUGGACGCGUUCGGAAAACUCGCCAAGGAGACCAACAGUGUCAUCGUUCCUGCGCAGCUGGGUGAUCUCGGCGGCAUGAUUGCGGGCGCGAUGGGCAUCUAUGGAAAGAUUGCCGAGACGCAGGCAAAGAACCAGAAGGAGCUUGGAGAACGGUUGGAGUCUGAGGAAGCCGCUGCCGCUGGCUCGGGUUCGUCGGCGUUGGCUGAUAACGAUGAGGCGGCGGCGAUCAUCAGUCAGUUUGACAAGAGCUCCCGUAAGAGGAAGUAGGCAAUCAACAGUGAUCGGGAAUUGUGAGUAAUAAGGAUUGGUGUUCAUGGGGUUCUUCUUUGCAUUUGCGCUGCAUUUCGUAGGUUUUGCUCUUAGGUUCUCACACUCUACUCUCAGGGCAUACUAGAUGUGUUGUACUGUACGACGGACGGAUAUCGGAUUGUACUCUACUCUUAGAUUUUGCAUGGUCGUGGGGAUCGACGACGAUGAGGUGAAAAGGAUACCUCAGAGCCAUGGGUGUACUAGUACAUUACAAACUACCGUACAUAUGAUGUCGAAUUGAUUGCAUCACAGCAUGUCAACC